UGAAGACUGUCUGAGCUGUUAAGAUGUAUAUGUUUUGUGCAGAGGCAAAUGUGAUAUCAAAAUGCAGAACGUUUCUUACUCGCGCGGUCGGUGAUUUGGGAAGAAAGGGAUAAGUAAGAGUGGUAUUUCCUUUUUCCCCCCUUUCUCUCUUUUUCUUUUUUGCAUGUUCAAGUCCCAUUCCCUGGUCAAGUUCAGUGCGCUGUUCUCCGGCCCGGACCGACGCUUCUUAUUGGUAGGUUGCGACAGUUACAUCACGCCGCUCAUGACGCGCACGUCUUCCUGUUUCCUUCAGCCGCGUCUUAAAGUGAAUCUUAGUGGCGGAGGAGCGCUCCAGCAUCCAGGCUCUGCAUCCAGUGCGCCUCGGAGACGCACACACACACAUACACACACGCUCGCUCGCUCUCUCUCUCUUUCUCACUCUCUCUCUCUCUUGGUCACAGCAGAGGAUAGAGGGAGAGACCGACGCGCAAGAGCUCUUUUAUAUCUUCUAUAUUUUUUUUCCCCCAAUUUUGUUCCUUUCACGCUCGUCACUCACUUAUUCCUGCUCUUCCUUCUCUGAGAAAUUAUUAUAUUCCAGCAUCCAGCAAUCCACCGUGCUCUCCGUAUUCUCUCUUUUUUUUUGCCGUAGGAGUUCAGGUUUUCCCCCUCUUCAUCUAAAGGGUGCUCAGAAGCUUUGAUCCUGGAGGAUUGGCUCUGUGGGAUAUGGCCCAAUAGCAGCAGCCCGUGAUGCCGGACCAUGACAGCGACUCCCUCCUGAGCAGACAGACCAAGCGAAGACGUGUGGACAUUGGUGUCAAGAGGACCGUGGGCAGCACAACCGCUUCCGCAGCAGCAGCAACAGCAACCACUGAUAAUAUCACCCGCGCCAAAGCAGCCAUUUUCGGUGCCAUGAACUCUCUGAGCUCUCACUCCCACCACGGAUCAGACACCGACUCCAUGGAGUGCUCUGUGGUGCAGCCACAUGGUGGGCCCGGAGUGGUAUCGGCCAGCGAUAGUGAGUCCAAGUCCAAUGUUCUCCGAAAGCUUUUGAAGAGGGCCAAUUCGUAUGAGGACACCAUGAUGCCCUUCCCAGGCGCUACCAUCAUUUCCCAGCUCCUCAAAAAUAACAUGGCUAAAAAUGGAGGAGGAGCAGAGAGAGGAGACAGAGUGGAAAGGGGGGAACGAGGGGAUGGGGGCUUCCCCAGCUCAGGGCUCUCCAGUGCGGGUUCAGAGGCUCCCCAGGAGGAUGUCUGCAGUAAUUCCUCCCAGGACAGCAGCCCCCAGGAGUGCCUCUCACCGUUUGGCCGUCCUCCUGGCCUUGGCGCCUUUGACAUGGAGCGCCUCAAUGACGAACAUCUUCGGGCCAAGCGGGCCCGCGUAGAAAACAUUAUCCGUGGUAUGAGCCACUCACCCAGUGUGGUGGUACCUGCUGCUUCCCGUCACUCCGGGGAGCGCGAUCGUGAGAUGGACGGGGAGCGGGAGAUGGAGCUGGACUGCCCACCUCCGCAGUCCCAGCAGCAGGCCCCCAGCAGCCCACGGGGAGGCGAGGUGUGCAGCAGCAGCAGUAGCAGCCGGGAGAACAAACGUAAGCAGCGUCUGCCCCAGCAGCAGCAGCAAAGCUUCACCCAGCUGGUGUGCCAGAGGAAGGAGCAGAAGCAGGAAGAGCGGAGGCAACUGAAGCUGCAGCUGGAGGACAUGCAGAAGCAGCUCCGCCAGUUGCAGGAGAAGUUCUUUCAGAUCUAUGACUCGACCGACGACUCAGAGCACAAUGACCUCCACAAUGACCUAGGCAACAUGUCCGAGGACAGUCCGGCCAGGUCCGACACAGGCGGUGACGACAGGGGCGGAGACGACAUGCGUUCUGACAAUGAAAUGUCCGACUUGGAUCCAGGCCACUUCCUGGACCGGGCGCGGGCGUUGCUUCAGGAGCAGGCCCUGCUGGCUGAGGGAGACAAGCCCGGGAGAGAAGGUCUGAACCGGGCGAAAGGCCAAGGAGGCCCUGGCUCCUCCAUGCAUGCAGAGGGUAAACAGCUAGCGGAGACGCUGAAGCAGGAGCUCAACUCAGCCAUGACCCAGGUGGUGGACACAGUGGUCAAGGUGUUUGCCAAGCCUCCACGCCCCACGCCCCAGCAGGCCUUCCCCCCACUCCCUAUACCCCCUGAAAGGUUCGCCGCCGCCGCCGCCAAUGGAGAACACCCCAACUUCCACACUGCCAACCAGAGGCUGCAGUGUUUUGGUGAUGUCAUCAUUCCCAACCCGCUAGACUCCUUUGCUGGCAUGCCAGGAAUGCCAGGCGCCGCCAAUGACCAAACCGAGGCGCUGCCCCUAGUGGUGAGGAAGACCCCCAGCGAGCAUCACCACCAGUCUUCAGCUGUUGGCACCCAUGGCGGACACCACCACCCCUCUCUCCACCCCUCCUCCCUCUCUGCUUCCAUGGGCUUCAGCCCCCCAUCCUUCAGACACCCGUUCCCCUUGCCUCUCAUGGGUUACCCUUUCCAGAGUCCUUUGGGUGCUCCCACAGGUGGCUACCCAGGCAAGGAGCGCUCCUCCCCUGACUCCAUGGACCUGUCCCGGGAGACGACCAGCCUGAGAACCAAGAUGGCGUCCGGUCACCACCUGGGACACCACCAUCGUUCUUGUUCACCAGCCCACCCUGGCAGCACGGCGGAGGGACUCUCCCUGUCCCUCAUUAAGUCUGAGUGCGGCGACCUCCAGGACAUGGCCGACAUCUCACCCUACUCAGGCAGCAAUAUCCAGGAGGGUCUUUCUCCCAAUCAUUUGAAGAAGGCCAAGCUCAUGUUCUUCUACGCCCGCUACCCAAGCUCUAAUAUGCUCAAGAUGUUCUUCUCUGAUGUCAAGUUCAACCGCUGCAUCACCUCCCAGCUGAUCAAGUGGUUCAGCAACUUCCGGGAGUUCUACUACAUCCAGAUGGAGAAGUUCGCCCGGCAGGCCAUCAACGACGGCGUCACCGGGGCCGACGAGAUGAGCGUCAGCCGCGACUGCGAGCUCUUCCGCGCCCUCAACAUGCACUACAACAAGGCCAACGACUUCGAGGUCCCUGAUCGCUUCCUGGAGGUGGCUCAGAUCACGCUGCGGGAGUUCUUCAACGCCAUCGUCGCCGGCAAAGACGUGGACCCGUCCUGGAAGAAGGCCAUCUACAAGGUCAUCUGCAAGCUGGACAGCGAGGUCCCCGAGAUCUUCAAGUCCCCCAACUGUCUCCAAGAGCUUCUACACGAGUAACCCCGCCCCCCAACCCCCGACCCCCCCGACCCCCACCCCACCACCUCACUUCCUCCUCUUUGCUUGACGCUUUGUGCUUUUUUUCUCUCAUUUCCUAGAAUUUCACAACGAUAUUCUCUCUUUC